AUGACUGCAAGUUCAUUUGACUGUUUUAACCAAACAAGCUGCAACCAUUCCACAGCUACUUCUCCAUCACAAGAAACACUUGAGUAUCUCCGUAUCAGUGAAAUAUUAAGUAAAGAGGUAGCGGUCGUCCUCUCUCUCAUUUGCGCCUUGAUAAGUGUGCUUGGAGCUUUGGGGAACUCUUUGAUACUCCUUGCUGUUGGCGCAAACACAAAUCUUCGCAGGGUUCCUGAUCUUUUCAUCACAAGUUUGGCGAUCUCAGACUUGUCUGUGUGCUUGGUGUAUCUACCCAUGGUGAUUCAUGACCUCAAUUACAAGUUUCAAAAUGAUAAAGAAUUCAGGAUCUUUGACAUCACCAAAAGCUUCUUCGGCCAUAUUUCCACGGUUGCAUCGGCAACUAACAUAUUUGCAAUGACAAUAGAUCGCGUUUGUGCGAUUAGAUUCCCUUUCCAAUACAUAGCCGUUCUGACAACAGAAAAAGCACUUUUAGGAAUAUCAUUUGUCUGGCUUGUUUCUCUUCUAUUUGCUGUCUUGUACGCUUCUCCUGUUUUGAUUCCCAGGUUCUAUGUCUCAAUCUACAUCUCCUCUCUACUUAUCACAACUACAAUCGUGUAUAUCUAUAUUUUCAUCACGGCCAAACGUCAAGAAAACAGAAUUCAUAACGUACAUUCGCGGUCUUGUAAUACCAUGAGAGAGAGAAAGGUGACUAAAACCAUCUUAACAGUGGUAGGAGUUUAUGCUUUAUGUUGGAUGCCUUUGCUUCUGCUUCCGCUCAUUUUACACCCUUCUGAGAACUUUAUUCUAUUCAAGAAAGCUUUUAGCUGUGUGCAGACGUUAGUAGCUUGUAAUUCAGCAGUCAAUCCACUUAUUUAUUGUAUGCGUAGCAGUAAAUACCGUAGAGAAUUCGCUAAAGUACUGCGUAUAGUUUAUUGUGGUGAAAGAAUUCAUUCUGUGUCAUAG